AUGACAAGUGCCAUCACCGAUACAGAUAAGCUACGACUGGAUAUCAUAAGACAACACUUGAAUCUACAUGAUGAAGAAAGUAUAAACUUGACUUUGAGCUUUCUAGCAGAAUUGCACAAGAAAUCACCUUCCUCAUUUGAAGCAUUCCAAAAGACAGUUCAACAAAAUGGAGGAGAAGACUUUGAUACAGCCUUUUUAAGAGAGGUCUUUGACUCGUUUGGAAAGGACAAGCUCGGAGACAAUCUAGACAACGAAGAUGAACUUUGUGGUAGGAUAUUUGAAGGGACGGUUGCAUCCAUUCGCCCAUACGGAGCUUUCAUCAGAUUCAACAACACAUCAGGACUCUGCCAUAUCUCUCAAGUUUCCUAUGAUGGAUCUAGAACGUCACGUAUGGAUCUACAUCCUAAUCAAAAAGUAUUUGUCAAAGUCAUCGACCAAGAGAACAAGGAUCCGAGGAAAAUUUCACUUUCGAUGAGAGGAAUCAAUCAAGAGACAGGCAUUGAGGAGAGGGAAAGGAUUGAGAGAGAUCACCAGAGGAUGCCGGCAGAAGAAUCUAGAACCACCUCCUACCCCGACUUUAAUCACGAACUUGAAAUCGAGACCGAGAUUGAGCUUAAUGAUGCUAGGCCCUCUUUUCUCCAAAACCAAGGGUACAAAGAAACAGCUUCAUCCAUCAAUACAAUUUUGAGUAUGGAUGGCGCAAUGAGUAAAGCUGCUGAAAAUGGAUCUGAUUUUGCUCGAAAGUUUAGAGAGGACAAACUACAGAAAGAAAAGGAAAAGAAUAAAGCGAGUCAUGAGCAAAACGACCCUUUAUCAGAGCAGAAAAAGACUGAAGAGGUUGUGUCGGAAUGGAAAAAAUCCCAAAAGCGUCUGUUUUAUCAAUCCACGAAACUCAGCAUUGAAGAGCAGAAAAAGUCGCUACCUGUAUAUGAUAUGCGUGCUGAUCUAAUCCAAACGGUUAAAGAUAACCAAUUUAUUGUUAUUGUUGGAGAGACUGGGUCGGGUAAGACCACUCAAAUUGUGCAGUACAUAUACGAAGAAGGGAUAAAUGUAAUCAACGGGGAUUCGAAGGUUAUUGGAUGUACCCAGCCGAGACGUGUGGCAGCUACAUCCGUGGCAAAGAGAGUGUCUGAGGAAGUUGGCUGCGAGCUUGGUGAUGAAGUAGGAUACAAUGUUCGAUUUGAUGAUAAAACCACACCAAAGACAAAGAUCAAGUAUAUGACUGAUGGUAUGUUGGAAAGAGAGGCACUCACGGACCCUGAAAUGAGCAAAUAUGCGGUCAUAAUGUUGGAUGAGGCACAUGAGAGGACAAUUGCCACCGAUGUGCUAUUCGCUUUGCUAAAGAAGGCGGCAUUGGCAAACCCAAACUUGAAAAUAAUUGUCACAUCAGCCACUUUGGAUUCUGACAAGUUCUCCAAGUUUUUCAACAACUGUCCGAUUUUGAAUAUUCCUGGUAGAACAUACCCUGUGGAGGUGCUAUACACAAAGGAGCCCGAGAUGGAUUAUUUGCCGGCUGCUUUAGAUACAGUCAUGCAAAUACACAUUUCGGAACCCAGCGGAGACAUCUUGGUGUUCCUCACAGGACAGGAAGAGAUUGACACCAGUUGCGAAGUGCUAGCUGAACGGGUAAAAGUGUUGGGAGACUCAGCUCCAGAGCUCAUAAUUUUACCCGUGUACUCUGCUUUGCCAGCAGAGGCACAAGCCAGAAUCUUUGAACCCACGCCUCCUGGAUCGCGAAAGGUUGUAUUGGCAACAAACAUUGCUGAAACAUCCAUCACCAUUGACGGCAUCUACUACGUUGUUGAUCCCGGGUAUGUCAAGUUGAACGCAUAUGACCCGAAGCUGGGUAUGGAUACGUUGAAGGUAUCUCCCAUCAGCAAGGCGCAAGCCAAUCAAAGAAGCGGAAGAGCAGGUAGAACUGGACCGGGAAAGUGUUAUCGGUUGUACACUGAACAGUCUUAUGCCACCGAAAUGCUUCCAAACUCUAUUCCCGAAAUACAAAGACAAAAUUUGUCCCACACAAUUUUAAUGUUGAAAGCUAUUGGGAUCACCGAUGUUGUCAACUUUGAGUUUAUGGAUCCUCCUUCUAAAAACUCCAUGAUGACUUCUUUGGAAGAUCUUUAUAUGUUGGAGGCGUUGGAUGAUGAUGGUGAACUUACUCAAUUGGGAAGGAAAAUGGCUGAUUUCCCAAUGGAGCCUGCACUUGCCAAAACACUCAUCAAGUCGGUUGACUUACGUUGCACAGAAGAAAUUCUAACAAUUGUUGCUAUGUUGUCGGUGCAAAGUAUCUUUCAUCGACCAAAGGACAAGCAACAAAUAGCAGACCAGCGAAAGGCAAGAUUCCACUCUACCAAAGGUGACCACUUGACUUUGCUCAAUGUGUAUAACCGUUGGUGCGCCAAUAAGUACAGCAAAGAUUGGUGUCGAGAUAAUUUCAUCCAAGACAGAAGUAUGCGACACGCGAGAGAGGUGAGGAGGCAAUUACAGACAAUCAUGACCAAACACAAGUAUGCAAUCGACUCAUGUGGCAAUGAUUUGGACGCAAUCCGAAAAUGUCUUUGCUGCGGCUACUUCAAAAACGUAGCGAAGCGUGAUUCCGGCGAGGGUUACAAGACUUUGUCAAAGAAUGAACUGGUCUAUCUACACCCAUCCUCAAGUCAGUUUGGAAAGAGUCCAGAGUACGUACUAUACCAUGCAAUAGUGAUGACCUCGCGUGAGUACAUGCACAAUGUCUCUGUUAUUGACCCUGAAUGGCUUUGCGAAUAUGCGCCAAAGUAUUUCAAACUAGCUGACCCGCAUAGUCAAGCCAAGAAGAAACAAAAGAUUGUCCCAUUGACAUCAUUUGGAAACCGGAAUCAGAAAAAACUGUCACGAUGGAGACCAGGUAAGAAGAAGUAA